UUUAGGCUCUGGUCCGUAAGGGCGUGGGUUCAAAUCCCACAGCUGUCAAAUCUUCUUUGUCUUUUUUUUUUUUUUUCUUUUUUCCUUAGCUUUAAUUUACUUCGCCGGAGAAUUUCGAAGCUCAGCUGAAGAAUCAAUCAAUGGCGAGAACUCUAAAGAACCGAUUUGAAUCUCGCUUUUUGAUUCGUUUCCUUGAAUCUCCGAAUCUGUUCGCUUCCUGCUUCACGAAUUCGAGAUCUCUUCAAACCCUAGCCUACGAAGAAGUCCGAUCCUCCGGCGACCGGAAGAAUGAAUCUACAGCUCUCAUCCUUCACGGCCUCCUCGGCUCGGGAAGAAACUGGAGAUCGUUUUCUCGUUCCCUCGCAUCGUCUCUCUCCGUCUCCUCUGCUUCUGAUUGGAAGAUGGUACUGGUUGAUCUGAGGAACCAUGGGAGAUCUGCGGAGGUGGAAGGGCUUAACCCGCCACAUAGUCUUGUGAAUUCAGCUAAAGAUUUAGCUGAUUUGGUGAAAUCAAGUGGUUGGAAAUGGCCUGAUGUGGUGAUUGGUCAUUCUUUGGGAGGUAAAGUGGCUUUGCAGUUCAUGGAGAGUUGUGCUCGUGGUGAUUAUGGUGAAUCAGCUUCUCCUCCUAAACAGCUAUGGGUGCUAGACUCUGUACCUGGGGAAGUCAAGGCAGAGAAAAGUGAUGGUGAAGUAGAGAAAGUUCUGAAGACACUGCAGAGUUUACCUUCACCAAUCCCUUCCCGCAAGUGGCUGGUGGAUCAUAUGAUCGAACAUGGGUUUACAAGAUCGUUAUCCGAGUGGAUUGGCAGCAAUCUCAAGAGAUCCGGAGACUCAGAGACAUGGGCCUUUAACCUUGAUGGAGCUGUCCAAAUGUUCAACUCUUACAGGGAGACUUCAUACUGGUCUUUGCUAGAGAACCCGCCAAAAGAGACAGAGAUAUCUUUUGUGAUCGCAGAAAAGAGUGACCGAUGGGACCAGGAUACAACUCAGCGGCUUGAAACAAUUGCUAACCAGAGACAGAAUGUCUCAGAAGGGAAGGUUGCAACUCAUCUUCUUCGUAACUCCGGCCACUGGGUACACACAGACAAUCCAAAGGGAUUACUGGAGAUAAUGAGUUCCAACUUCUUGUCCACACACAAGUAGACGUUACAAGAAUUGCAUCAGUCUUUGAUUAGUUUAUCUAUCUCUUGCUCUGUAUUCAUAUUUUCAUAUGCAGAAAUAGCAAAAAUCAAUUGCGACUUGUUUCCCGUUUGCGUUCA